GGUUCAGAAGCAAACCAACACAGCUCUUCUACUCCCAAGCAUAUCUUAUCAAAGCUCUUUCUGCUGAAAUUCAUUUGAACUCUUUAUUGUUCCUUUUUACAGAGAAAUUUUAAAACCAUGGGUUUCCGAUUGCCUGGUAUUUUACAUGCCAAGAAAAGUCAAGUUUCUUCAAAGUCAUUGGAUGUUCCAAAAGGCUAUCUUGCCAUCUACGUUGGGGAGAGCCAGAAGAAGCGGUUUAUUAUUCCGGUGUCCUACUUGAACCAACCUUCAUUCCAAGAUCUGUUAAGCCUAUCUGAAGAUGAAUUUGGAUAUGAUCAUCCAAUGGGUGGUAUCACAAUCCCCUGCAGUGAAGACACCUUCCUUGGUCUCACCUCAGCUUUGGUGUAUAAGUAGAGGCUAGCUACAUAUACGUCGACACGAUUUUGACACCAACAGCUGUAAAAGCACUUGGCAAUUUUAAUGGCUUUCUGGCUCACUUGAAGGAGGUUCAAUUGAUUGAUCAUCCAAUGAAUCACCAUGAUGGAAGAGGACAUCAACGUCAAACUGCUUAUGAGCUGAGAGGAAAAUGGCCAGCCUAGCGGACAUAAACUCACUGACACAAUUUUUCUAGAAUAGUUAUUGUCAACUGAAUGUACAUAGUUGUCCUGCAAGGAAAACUGAGAUUAGAAUAUUUCAUUACAAUACAACGUUUUUACAGUUUCAUAAUAUACCUUUCAUUUUA